AUGACGUUCAAGCAAGCGUCCAUGAUGGCCCCGGAGGCCACGGCCAGCACGCUGCCCAUGAGCACGAUGGAGAACUCCACUGAGGCUGCGGGGCCGGGCGAGAGCAAGGAGGACAUGUUCACCAAACUGAGGGACAAGUUCAUGAAUGAGCUCAACAAAAUUCCCUUGCCACCCUGGGCCCUCAUCGCCAUUGCGGUCGUGGCUGGACUCCUCAUCCUCACCUGUUGCUUCUGUAUCUGCAAGAAGUGCUGCUGCAAGAAGAAGAAGAACAAGAAGGAGAAGGGCAAAGGCAUGAAGAAUGCCAUGAACAUGAAGGACAUGAAGUCAGGCAACCAGGACGACGAUGACGCAGAGACGGGUCUGACGGAGGGGGAAGGUGAGGAAGAGGAGAAGGAGCCAGAGAACCUGGGCAAGCUGCAGUUCUCACUGGACUACGAUUUCCAGGCAAACCAGCUCACAGUGGGGAUCCUCCAAGCUGCUGAACUGCCAGCUUUAGACAUGGGUGGCACCUCAGACCCCUACGUCAAGGUGUUCCUGCUCCCUGACAAGAAGAAAAAGUACGAGACCAAAGUGCAGAAGAAGACCCUCAACCCUGCCUUCAAUGAGACCUUCACCUUCAAAGUGCCCUACCAGGAGCUGGGUGGGAAGACGCUGGUGAUGGCCAUCUACGACUUUGAUCGCUUCUCCAAGCACGACAUCAUCGGUGAGGUGAAGGUGCCCAUGAACACUGUGGACCUGGGCCAGCCCAUCGAGGAGUGGCGGGACCUGCAGAGUGGCGAGAAGGAGGAGCCAGAGAAGCUGGGAGAUAUCUGCAUCUCCCUCCGGUACGUGCCCACGGCCGGGAAGCUCACUGUCUGCAUCCUGGAGGCCAAGAACCUGAAGAAGAUGGAUGUUGGGGGCCUCUCAGAUCCCUACGUGAAGAUCCAUCUGCUGCAGAAUGGCAAGAGAUUGAAGAAGAAGAAGACCACAGUCAAGAAGAAGACGCUGAACCCUUACUUCAAUGAGUCUUUCAGCUUUGAGAUCCCCUUUGAGCAGAUACAGAAAGUGCAGGUGGUCAUCACAGUGCUGGACUACGAUAAGCUGGGGAAGAACGAAGCCAUCGGCAAGAUCUUCACAGGCUUGAACUCCACGGGCACGGAGCUGCGGCACUGGUCCGACAUGCUGGCCAACCCCCGGCGGCCCAUUGCCCAGUGGCACUCGCUCAAGCCGGAGGAGGAAGUGGAUGCAGCUCUUGGGAAAAACAAAUAG